AUGAAAGCUGGUCCUUGUCCUUGGUCUGGUCUGGUCCUCUUCUACCUGACUUGUACUCCGUACUGGUAUCUGAUCAUCUUCCUUGCGCCCGUGCUGCUGCCAUGUCUGCUGUGGCAACGGUUCUCUCGCUUGCUGCAGAGGUAUCUUUUACCGCAAAUGGCGCCUGGCCGGUACUUGGCUAGCGCUCCUGACCGCAUGCAUGUGCCGCUUGGCCAGUAA